AGGAUGUUGAAGCCUUCUCGGAUAACUCAAUGAGGCUCACCGCUCAUCGACGGCUUUCCCCGUUAUGUCUCGAGAUCUCCCCUUCUCCUACUGACUUACAUGCAGAGGAAAUGAGUGCCCAUUCCCCGUCACACGAUAGCAUCAUUACUUUGCCGAUCUUGCAGGUAUGUCCACAUUGGAAAUUCUGUUUCGCUGUUUCCAGAGCUAGGACCAGAUCAGGCCACCGUCUUAUCAGGCUAGAUGACCUCCAAGCACUCAUCGUCGCAGUGUCAGCUGUUGGCGAAGAUUAACAUUGCAGUGGCAUUCGAUCAAAUCAUCUUCCUUUCAUGCAGGACACUUCUGUCUCCAAAGGUAGGUAGGUUGCAUUGUCUUGGUGGAUCUGCUCCAGCUUCC